AUGGUCCCCAUUGUCUCUGUUGCAUCGCCCUCACCACCAAAUCUUGGGCCCCGCAUCGUCGGUGCACCUCCGCCAGGGUUUUUCCUUUUCAGUGCCCCUGAAGUGGAUUUGACAAAUUUGGGAAGUUUACGUCGGGUGGCCGCCCUGUGGUCCAAAACCACUGGUAGCCCGAGCUCACGGCCAAAAAUGAGUCGGGGGAGUUACACCCGUAAAAGGGGCACGGUUUCUUUAGGGGGCCCUUCUUUUCACUGCACACAUUUACAUGUCUACACCCCAGGGAAAUCAUUUCAUGCCCACCCAAAAUUUAGAAGCGUUGGGCAGGGGACGGUCAGGGUCUUUUUCCGCCCAAGUGGCCCCGGGAACACCGGCAGUUUAAACCCUUUUAGCAACUCAGCACGCAUGGGGUUGGGAGGCACCCCAGGAUCAGGGGUCCUUUGGGGCCCCCCCCCCCCCCCGUGUGAGCAAAUAGCCUCCACGGGCGUUUGCCCCAGGCUUUUCAGCGUUUCAAUGGGCACGAACCCGGGCGGUUGGGGCGAGGGGGUAGUUGUACUGGUCAAGGGCCCCCAACCCUGCCAGCGACCCUCUGCUAAAACCUUUAGCGACUUAAAAACUGUUGGGGAGCAUGGUCAGGCCGGAGGUGAAUCGGCCCUAGAGCCGCUCCCAAAUCCUCCUGAAGGGGGCUCCCGGGACGAGGGCGUCAUUUUAAUGGCUACCGCUGAGACCAUGGACUGUCGGGGCCGUUUAAUCACCCCCGUGCCGCUAGCUAUUGGGCAGGGGUUUGCGGCGCCCGGGUGCGCCAAGUCCUCGGGGGAAAAAUCGGGCAACGGCCCCCCACCCAAACCCAAUCCUCGCCCCCCCGACGACUCUUUUGGGAAAGCUCCAAAUUUCCCCACAAGUGCCCAGCUUUCACCAGUUGGCACCCCUUUGGGCCCUUUCCCGGGGAGUGGCUACCCAACCCCUGUAAAACCCCCCCCCUGGGGCCCGCAAGGCUCCCCCCAAAAUGCUACGCCCUCAGCCAAGCUGCGCGCACACAAGCCCCCUGACACCAACAGUCUCUGGGGUUCUGGGAAAUGCAUAAUGGCCCAAAAUACAGGGGCACAGGGUCUUUUCCCGCCCCCGGGUCCACUGUCAGGGGGCUGGCUUCCCCUUAUUUAG